CCGCGACAUCUUCCCAUCAACCACGCCUCACCAUGGCAGACCGGCACGGACGACGCGACGACCGUCGCGCACCGCGAGACGACAAUCGCAACCACACACCGCGCUAUGAGCAUGAUCGUUCGCGUUCACCACCACGUCGAGAUCGUCGCGAUGACCGCCGAAGAGACCGCUCACCGCCACGAGGCCCUCCGCCAAGAAAUGGACCGCCGGCGCGAUCAGAUCGCGAUCGCGACUAUCAGCGCAGUCGCGACACGAAUGUCCCCCAAACCCGUGGACCUCGUGGCGCACCAGAUGAUCGGAUCAAGCGUGAACCAGCGGAUAGCAGGCUGGGCGGCACACGACCUCGGGGAAACUCCCACGGCGUGAAGAAAGAGGAGCAGAAGGACGUCAAAAUGGAGAACGGAGCAGAAGACGAGGAUUCCGAGGCUGAGAUGCGUCGUGUCAUGGGCUUUGGCGAUUUCAAGUCGACGAAGAAUACCAAAAUACCUGGCAACGACCGCAAUUACGCGGUGUACAAGGUGAAGAAGUCGGAGUACAGGCAGUACAUGAACAGAGUCGGAGGUUUCAACCGGCCACUGGAUGCGAUAUGAAAGGGGUCUCGGUGUGGAAGGGCGGCGCCCUUUACGAUUGAUGCACUUAGCGAGGUGUUGCGGCGCGGACUGUAUAUUGCAUUUCUACAGAUCGGGACACGGCCCGCACAAGUUUGACCUGAUGAUGCACUCCGCUACAUUGCCGCUCAUUGUCGGUACCACGGAUAGACUCGGCUGGGUCCUCGCACAGAGCGCAUGAAUGCGCGCGUUUGAGCAAGAAGCGAAACGCAUAUUAGAUUUGAGGCCUUCCUCCGCAAAUGGUACAUCUGGUUGCGUGACCGUCCUGGGCGGUCAGAAUCCUUUCCGUUUGUCGAGCGGCUAUAUGUCAAGACCCACACUCUCGGUCCUACGGACCGUCCACAAGCCAAGAAGGACAAUCUCGAAGAAUGCGUCUCGAUACCGACCGAUAUUGCUAUUCCGUCUAGGCCGCAGC